UGGAUGAAUGAAGGUGCUGGGCGCUUUCUGAAGCAGUUUCCUCGGCUCUCCCUUCCCUCCCGUGGCCCCGUCUGCAGUGUCCCCUUCCUGUCCGCAUCGCACCGUCGACCCGGUUUUCCCUGCGUCUGGCUUCUUGGUGCCUCGGUCUGCUCGAGGUGCAACUAGAAUUGCGGAUCCGGAGAAUCGCCUAGGCCCAACUUCGGACUGCGCUCUGGAUUUCGGCCGCGACCCGCCGCUAGGACGGGGGUUCCGGGAGGCUCGGGGGUAGAUCUUAAGGAUCAACAGUGAUAAUGACUGAGUGUACAAGCCUCCAGUUUGUCAGCCCUUUUGCUUUUGAGGCCAUGCAGAAGGUGGAUGUUGUUCGUCUGGCAUCUCUAAGUGAUCCAGAAUUAAGACUCCUACUGCCCUGCUUGGUGCGGAUGGCACUUUGUGCUCCAGCUGACCAGAGCCAAAGCUGGGCUCAGGACAAAAAACUUAUCCUUCGUCUUCUGUCUGGAGUGGAAGCUGUCAACUCCAUCGUUGCAUUGUUGUCUGUGGACUUUCAUGCCUUAGAACAGGAUGCCAGCAAAGAGCAGCAGCUUAGGCAUAAACUUGGAGGAGGUGGUGGUGAGAGCAUUCUGGUCUCACAGCUUCAGCAUGGAUUGACAUUAGAGUUUGAACACAGUGAUUCACCUCGUCGGUUACGUCUUGUGCUUAGUGAAUUGUUGGCAAUUAUGAACAAGGUAUCUGAAUCCAGUGGGGAUUUUUUUUUAAAGUCUUCUGAGCUCUUUGAGAGUCCAGUCUAUUUGGAGGAAGCUGCAGAUGUUCUUUGCAUUUUACAAGCAGAGCUUCCUUCCUUACUUCCUAUAGUUGAUGUAGCUGAAGCCUUGCUACAUGUUAGAAAUGGAGCCUGGUUUUUAUGUCUCUUGGUAGCCAAUGUACCUGAUAGUUUCAAUGAAGUUUGUAGAGGCCUUAUUAAGAAUGGAGAGCGACAAGAUGAGGAAAGCCUUGGAGGAAGACGCAGGACAGAUGCCUUACGCUUCUUAUGUAAAAUGAACCCUGCGCAGGCUCUUAAAGUUCGAGGCAUGGUGGUGGAAGAAUGUCAUCUUCCUGGCCUUGGAGUGGCUUUGACACUGGAUCAUACUAGAAAUGAAGGGGGUGAAGAUGGAGUGAGUGACUUGGUGUGUUUUGUUAGUGGCUUGCUUCUUGGAACAAAUGCCAAAGUCCGGACAUGGUUUGGAACUUUUAUCCGAAAUGGACAACAGAGAAAAAGAGAGAACAGCACCUCUGUCCUUUGGCAAAUGAGAAGGCAGCUUCUCCUGGAGUUGAUGGGCAUUCUCCCUCCAGUGAGAAGUGCCCGCAUUGUGGAAGAAGCGGAUGUGCAGAUGGAGCCCAAUGUGUCUGUGUAUUCGGGGCUGAAAGAAGAGCAUGUUGUGAAAGCCAGUGCACUCUUACGUCUGUACUGUGCUUUGAUGGGGAUCGCUGGACUCAAACCAACAGAGGAAGAAGCCGAGCAGUUACUGCAGUUGAUGACAAGUCGUCCUCCUGCUACGCCGGCUGGGGUUCGCUUUGUCUCUCUCUCCUUUUGCAUGCUGCUGGCUUUUUCUACACUCGUCAGUACACCUGAGCAGGAGCAGCUGAUGGUGGCAUGGCUAAGCUGGAUGAUAAAGGAAGAGGCUUAUUUUGAGAGCACUUCAGGUGUCUCUGCUUCUUUUGGGGAGAUGUUGUUAUUAGUGGCUAUGUACUUUCAUAGCAACCAGCUUAGUGCUAUCAUUGACUUGGUCUGCUCCACCUUGGGGAUGAAGAUUGUAAUUAAGCCAAGCUCCUUGAGCAGGAUGAAGACUAUCUUUACACAGGAAAUUUUUACAGAGCAGGUUGUCACAGCUCAUGCAGUUCGGGUCCCUGUCACCAGCAACCUGAGUGCCAGCAUCACUGGGUUUCUGCCCAUUCAUUGUAUUUACCAGCUCCUCAGGAGUCGUUCUUUCACCAAGCACAAAGUUUCAAUCAAGGGUGACAGCAUUCGCCUUAACCAGCGCUUCGGCAUCACAGCACAGCUUUUGGUGCUCUACUACGUGCUGUCGUAUGAGGAAGCUCUCCUCGCAAACACCAAGUCUUUAGCUGCCAUGCAAAGAAAGCCCAAAUCAUAUUCUUCUUCUUUGAUGGACCAGAUCCCUAUCAAAUUCCUUAUUCGACAGGCUCAAGGGCUGCAGCAGGAGAUGGGAGGGCUGCAUUCUGCUUUACUGCGUCUCCUUGCAACCAACUACCCGCAUUUAUGUAUUGUGGACGACUGGGUCUGUGAGGAAGAAAUCACCGGCACCGAUGCCCUGUUACGGCGAAUGCUUCUGACUAACAAUGCCAAAAACCACUCUCCUAAACAACUCCAAGAAGCAUUUUCAGCUGUCCCAGUAAGUCACACACAAGUGAUGCAGAUUCUAGAACACUUGACCCUACUCUCUGCCAGUGAACUUAUACCAUAUGCAGAAGUAUUAACAUCCAAUAUGAACCAGCUGCUGAAUUCAGGAGUUCCACGGAGAGUUCUUCAAACAGUCAAUAAACUAUGGAUGGUUCUUAAUACUGUUAUGCCUAGAAGGCUGUGGGUAAUGACAGUCAAUGCACUGCAACCUUCAAUAAAGUUCGUGCGACAACAAAAAUAUACUCAAAAUGACUUGAUGAUAGAUCCUCUCAUUGUCCUAAGGUGUGAUCAGAGGGUUCACAGAUGCCCCCCGCUGAUGGAUAUUACUUUACACAUGUUGAAUGGGUAUCUUCUUGCUUCUAAAGCCUACCUUAGUGCCCAUCUGAAGGAAACAGCAGAGCAAGAUAGAUCUCAGAAUAGUAUGAUAGGUUUAAUUGGACAAAUGGAUGCCCCAGAAGUUACCAGAGAAGAAUUGAAAAACGCAUUACUGGCUGCUCAGGACAGUGCAGCUGUCCAAAUUCUGUUAGAGAUUUGCUUACCUACCAAAGAGGAGAAAGCAAAGCGUGUCAAUGCAGACAGCUCAGUGCGGAAUGUACACAGUGUUAUUAUCACCAGCGCUCCAAAUAAGGACGUGGAGGAAGGAGAAGACAAUUUGCUUUGUAACCUUCGAGAAGUUCAGUGCCUCAUUUGUUGUCUGUUGCACCAAAUGUACAUUGCGGAUCCAAACAUUGCUAAGCUUGUUCACUUUCAGGGUUAUCCAUGUGAACUUUUGCCUCUGACGGUUGCAGGUAUUCCAUCUAUGCACAUCUGUCUGGAUUUUAUACCUGAGCUUAUUGCACAGCCAGAACUUGAAAAACAGAUAUUUGCUAUCCAGUUGCUUUCUCACCUGUGUAUCCAGUAUGCCCUACCUAAGUCACUCAGUGUGGCUCGCUUAGCUGUCAAUGUCAUGGGGACUUUGCUAACAGUUUUAACACAGGCUAAGCGAUAUGUGUUUUUCAUGCCAACUCUGCCAAGCCUGGUCUCUUUUUGUCGAGCAUUUCCUCCAUUGUAUGAGGAUAUUAUGUCUUUGCUGAUCCAAGUGGGACAAGUUUGUGCUUCUGAUGUUGCCACUCAGACAAGAGACAUCGAUCCCAUCAUUACACGUCUUCAACAAAUAAACGAGAAACCAAAUGGAUGGUCUGGGCUCUGUAAAGAUCCAUCUUAUAAAAAUGGAUCCAGGGACACUGGAAGCAUGGAUCCUGAUGUACAGCUCUGUCAUUGUGUUGAAAGUACAAUAAUUGAAAUAAUAAACAUGAGUGUUAGUGGAAUUUAAAGAAAAAAACUCCAGCAAAAAAGGAAGCUGAAGCUGUUGCAUAUGCCUGAAUCUGUGUCUUAAAAUAUUGUAAAACUGGAUGGGGACAGUCAUGUUUUAGAAUCACUAUAAAAGAAUUCAGCAUGAAUAGAAUUUAGAACUCAGAGAAUUAUGCUUGAAAGUAUAUGACUGACGGGUCUUUGGAUCUAGUUUGCUGGUAUGUUUAUAUUGUAGCAGCUAAACUUUUUUUUUCUUUCCAUUGGGAGCACAUUAAGAAACUCAUUGGAAAACAAAUCUGGCAUUUUGUUUAGUUUUAAAAGUGAGGAAAGACAGCCAUGCUUUUAAUUUAUUUAAUCUCUUGUAAAAAUCUGUGGGUAGCCUUAGUGUUUCUUUUAAUGUUCGGCUUGUAACAGAGUGUUACAAUGAUGCCAUGGUGACAGGAAAAAGGGGAUCAAGAAAAGGGAGAAUUAAGGUAAAAUAAAGAAUUAAAUUCUCAAAUAGAAAUCUCAAAGACCUCAAUGCAAGGGGAAUAACGCAAAAUGGAAUUCCAGUUCUCAAGCAGCUAUGUUGAGAAUGGUUUCAAGAAGAUGAAUAACUUUUAUAAAUAUUUCCAUGGACCUACAGAUGAAAAUUUAAAGGUUUUACAUAUUUGCUUCAAUUUUUAUGAAUACGUGAAGCCAUAUGUUUAAACAGAUACUUGAAUCGUUUGGAAUUUUAAGAAUCACCUUUGUGCAAAGAACCUGAAGGGAGAUUUCAUUUAGUUUCUCUUUUAAAAAUUAUUUUUAUAAUACUUUAUUAACUUAUCAGUUACUCAGACAGAAAAAUAAGCAAAGAAAGAUAGAGCAAUAAAACCCACUGAGCUCUGGGUUUGUUGUCAGGAUUAUAAUUCAUAUAUUACUUUGAAAAAGUGGUUAAGAAAGAAAAUAAAGUGUUGAGUCUCAGGAAAAAUUAAAGAAAAUACUGUCUUGCUGACAGAUUUUUGCAGUCUUCUGCUGGUAAUUUCUAUUAAUUAAGUAGAUCUAUUCAGGUAAUGUAUAAUUCUAAUUAAAAAAAUUAAGUAUCCACUGUUUAAGGUAUUUUGCUUUUUGAGAAAUAAUAACCCAUUCUCCCCACUCUCCUAAAAGAUCUCUUAACUUGUAAAACAAGUCAGGCAAGCUAUUAAGAACAUACAUUUUUUUAAUGAAAAAAAUAUAACGUCAGCCUUUCAUUAGCAAAUCGUCACAUCCCAUUUUGACUCCUUUGGAAAUGGAAUCACUACUGGCCCUACCUCAGAAGGGUUUAUUACAUAAGAAGUAGCUGUUUCAAAUCAUGAAGUACAUAAUAUACAUGAUAGAAUAUUUAUAACUUUAGACGAUUAACAUUCAAUUAAGGAAUUUUUAUGGGAAAAAUAAAAGCAUACCCUUUAAAAAAAAAGAAUUUUCCUAUAUUUAGCCAAAGCAGUUUGUUUGUCCUUUAAGAUGAAAUAAAAUUGCUCCUUUUUUGUUGUGUUGUGUUUUUGUUUUGAAACAGCCUUGGCAUCUUUUCUGUAGUGUGUAUCUGCCAGGAGGUCAGGGAAGGUGGAAGUAAAAAUGUUUUCUAAUUAGAUGCAGUCCACAUUCCUGGAUCAAUUUUCAAAGACUGGUUAAAAAUCUGCUGUGUUAAAAGAACAGCAUGUGCUGUUUUUCUUCAGAUUCCUUGAUGUAAAAUAUGUAAAUAUAUUAGUAAAUGUUAAUAUUUGUGUAUUGUAAGUUAAGGAUCUAAAAUUGAUUACAAUGUGAUUUUUUUUAAUUCAAGUUAAAACAGAUGUGGGUAGCUAUUUUGAAUAUUGAUUUAUAAACGUUCAUACUCUUUAUCAAA